AUCGUCUAUUUGAGGUUAGGUUUUAGCGAAAAAUUCGGCAGUUAUUUUGAUCAUACUAUUUUUCAUCGCGACUUUCUUUUCGCGCGAAGUCACAAUAAACCAACUAUUCAUUCAUUUCGCGCAUUCUAGUUGUCAAUUUUCUGUGCAAAAGUUGAAGAAAAAUGAAUUGCAGUGCAAUUGGCUGUGAGAAUAUCCAGGGAUGUAAUCCCCACGUCUCCUUCCACCAACUCCCACACCACGAGAGUGAGAAGGUGGUGAGGAAGUGGAGGAAAAUCUUGAAGAAGUCGUCAGGUAUUGAGAAGAAGAUCAUCAGAGUGUGCUCUGACCACUUCCUGCCUGACGAUUUCCACCCCACUUCCCGAGCUCUGCAGGGAGAGUGGAAGUGCAGAAGGAGAUUGAAGAAGGGAGGUAAUGAUUUAUAUACAAUGCAGGUUGUUCUUUUUUAUUAUUUCAUCUAUAAUAAUUUUCAGUUUUCCCGACGAAAGUUUGGACAUCUCCAGAGCUGAGCCGGGCUCAUCCAGAUGCGAGUCUGGACCUCAUCCAAUCUCUCAACCCAGAGAUUGCAAUUCUAUGUAAGUUUCAGAAUAGAAAUAUGUGUAAAUUGAUUGACUUAAAUGUGCUCUCGUAUUUCACAGGGGAUCAUUCCUACGCAAAGAUCAUGCACUGCGGUAAUGGAGAUGAGUUUGAGGAGAGAACUGCAGUCUUGAGAGACGAGGAUGAAGAGCUGAAUGAUGUGAUCCGCGAUGAAGCCGGAAGUGACAAAGAAUCGGAAGUAGAUAUGCUCUUCGACAACACAAUCGAAAUUAUUUCGGAUUAUGAGGAGACAGUGGAAGAUCAAUCGAUUGCAUCGUCGUCAGCAGAGCAGAAGACGACACAAGACAAAGAAUUGCAUGAAUUGAGGCAACUGAAAGAUGCUGUGUUGCAGAUUCUCACCCCAAAUCAAGUGGACCUGCUGCUGAAACGGAAGAAGAAAGUGAAGUGGACAAAUGAAGAGUUAUCUAAGGCAUUUGCCCUUAGAUAUCUUGGCACUACAACGUAUAAUACCAUCACGAAUCUGAUACGCAUCCCUCAACCCAGCAUUAGAUCUCUGCAGCGCUAUGCAGCUAAAUUUGAGAUUACUGCUGGGAUCUUCAGCAGUGUCUUGACUAUGAUGAUGGCAGCAGCUCAAACAAUGACGGAAUUUCAGCGAACUUGUGUGAUUUCCUUUGACGAAAUGGCAAUAUCUAAAUUAUAUGAGUAUAAUGAACGCGAAGACACUGUCUAUGGAUCUCACAAAAACAUCCAGGUAAGAUAUAUGCAGAUUAUUUAGCGAAAUAAACAUUGAAAGUUGAUUUCUAUACGUUUUUAAAAUCUUGUACUGCUUUCUUGACUCAUUAAUUAAUUCAAACCACUCCUGAAUUCUGAAAACGAUAUAAAUUUAAGAUUAUUUCAUAUCAACAUGUUCAUUUCUUAGUUUAAGAGAUUUAUGAAUAAACAAUAUCAUCCAAUUGAAAUGAUUUACUUGUCAUUGUCUAAAAGGAUUGACCGAUUUCAACAAAUAACCUAAAAAAUUGAUAUAUCUUUAAAGGUAAUUAUGGUAAGAGGUUUGUUUUCGCCGUGGAAACAAGUGAUUUAUACAGAUUUUGAUAAAAGAGUCACGAAGAAGCUCCUAUUUCAUAUUCUCAGUAUUUUGGAAAAUAUACAGUACAAGGUGAAGGCAAUUGUCUGUGAUGGUGGAGGCGCAAAUCAAGGAUUGUGGAAAAAAUUGGAAGCAAACUUCGAAAAUCCAUUCUUUCUUCAUCCCAGCACACAAGAGAAAGUCCAUAUAUUCGCCGAUGCUCCUCAUUUGCUCAAGUUAUUCAGAAAUUGGUUAAUCGACAAUGGUUUCAUGCUUGAUGAUGGCACGAAAGUCACUAAAAGGCCACUUGAAGAAAUAGUUCGAAUGGGUGGAGAUAGCAUCUCAAAUAUAAAUUUGAAACAGCAACAUCUGGAAAUAUCUUCGGUAAAAAGACAAAACGUUAAAUUAGCAGGACAAAUAAUUUCCCACAAGACUGCAGUUCAGCUGAAAAGGUAUCUUCCGCAAUAUUCAGAUGCACAAAAGCUCAGUGAUAUCAUCGAAUUGGCGAACAAUUGGUUUGAUAUAUUUAAUGUGUAUGAGCCCGCUUUUGAGAAAUGCCAGGAUUCAGAAGGUUCAAUGAAAUUUGCCUACGGACUCAACAUGGACAUCCAUGAUAAAGUCCUUAAUGAUAUGGAGAAGCUGAUGUUGAGCAUGAGAGUGAAUGAGAAAGUGCGACUCCUUUAUUUUCAAAAGGGGAUUGUAAUGUCGGUAAGAAUCAUUUGUAAAAAUGUGUGACUUAAACUUCGUAAAAUAUUCUUAAUUUUAUUUCUUCCUAUUCUAGAUUCGGUCGUUGAGAAAUUUGUACAAAGAGAUGUUUGACAAAUUCUCCAUACAAUAUAUAUUGACCAGUCGGCUAAAUCAAGAUUGCCUCGAAAAUUUCUUCUCUCAAGUCAGAGGCAAAGGCAAUGGAAAUAAUAAUCCGACGCCUGUCGACGUUAUUGAGAGAAUUCGUCAACUAAUUUUGAGUAGGCAAGAUAUACAGGGUGGGAAAAAUGUCAACAUUUUAAAGCACGUAAUUGAGGAUGAAUGCCUCAUUCACAGCGUGUUAAACUCACCUAAUAUACAGGACAUUUUUCCCAUGCCAAUGAUGGAUGCCGCAGAGAAUGAAGACGCCAGCAAUCAUUCGUCUGAUAGGGAAACAAUUUCCAUCCACCACGACUAUAUUGAUAAUACAGCAAAAUUCUCGCAACAAAGAGUGGAUGGAAUGGAAUAUAUUGCUGGCUUUGUUGCCAGCAAAUUUAUUGAUGACAUUCCUCAUAUAGGCACGAGGUCGUGCAACCUGACCGAAAGGACAUCAUAUGUUCAACAGUUAUCCUACGGAGGACUAAUUGUGCCUAGUGAGGAUUUCAUUAAUUUUUGCGAGAAAGUUGAAUUUUACUUCGAAAGAUUCCACGAUUUUCAUCUCACUUUUAAAGUGAAAAAAAAUGUUCUAAGAGACACGUGUGAAUUUAUUAAUGAAAAUGUGGACUGCAGCAGAUAUUCAAAAGAUGUGUUGAAUACUUAUGUGAAGCAGAGAAUUAAAAACAAAAUAAUUUACCAAAAUAAUCACUUAAUUGAGAAGGAGAGAAGGGCGAAUAUGUAUAGGAAAAAAGGGUGGGCGGCUUCACAGGAGCAAAAGAAAAUUCAAACAUUCACAACUUAAAUAAAAUAAUGAAAAUCCGUGAAAAAAGAAUUGUUUAAAUUUAAAUUCCCGCGAAUUCACUUCACCACGAAACACAAAUUUAACUAUACAUCUUCUUCUUCUUAAAAUGGUCGCUUGUCGCCUCCUGUACGAGAACCCCAACAAACAACAAAAAUACAUACUC